AUGAGAGGCAUCGCAGACCUAGUCGAGUCCGCCAUGGAGGAUUCGACAACCAACUUCAUCGACGAAAACUCGAUCUUGUCUUCGGCUUCCGACGCGAGCGCCGCCGCAAGUGCAGCCCAAGCCCAACCCGCGCAGGCGAAGAGAGGGAAGAAACGGCAUCGCGUCACCAUGCCCACCAAGACGAGAUCAAAGGUUCAGAAAGUCGCGCCCGCCCCUGCGCCGACAACAGGCGCGAAAAAAGCCGCCGCGACCAAGCGCACGACCACGGCGAAACGGAAGGCUCAGGCUCUGGAAGAACACAUUGAGGAGACAGAAACCGCGGACAAUGGGAAUGACGAUCACAAUGAUGUUGAAGUCACCCAGGAAGUGGUUGAACCGAAACGCAAAAAGGUCGCCCGGACCAAGCAAUCCAAGGCCAAUGCGACCAAGAAAGCGGCAGUAGAGGCCAACAAUGAACCGACAGAGGAUGGAAUGGAUGUCGAGGCGUCACCGGUGGCCAAUGUACGACCGAACAACCGCACCAACACUAAAGAUGCAGCUCCCAAAAUUGCAAAGAAAUCGUCCAAAGCUACUACUACAUCCAAAAAAGCGUCCUCUGCCCAGCAGCAACAGCAGCAACUCAAGGCUACCGUCGAGGCAGAAGAAGAGCAGCAGUCCGAUGCAGUCGAUGAAAUGGAAGAAGAGGAGGAGGGCCCUAGACCGGCGGUCGUCACAACAGCAGCGGCAGCAAAACCAAUACCGAGACAAAACCGCGCCACAGGCACCACCAGAGACACUUCCAGAGCGAGACAUGAGCCGACGACAAUAGGAUAUGCAGCGCAACGAAGGGCAGGGAGCGCAUCCGACACCGACAACAGAGGAGGAGACCCCAGCCUCCGCCGCAAACUAGGGGACAUUACACGCAAAUUCGAGAACGUGGACCUCAAAUACCGCAAUCUCAAAGAAGUCGGGAUCCACGAAGCCAGCACGAACAUGGAGAAACUGCGCAAGCAAUGCGACGCCGCCAUGGCGGCGUCCAACGACUUGAUUGCAUCUCUGAAAAAAGAGCUGGCUGCCCAGGCUCCUCUGGCCCAAGAAGCCCGCAAGCUCAAGAAACAGAUGCAGACCCAGGAGCAAGAAAUGGUGACCAUGCGCAAGGCUCUUUCUGACCUGGAAAAUUCGUUAUCCGCCGCCCAAAACGAGAACAAGGCUCUGCAGGCUAAACUGGCCGCGGCCCGAGCGCCUUCUGUCGAUAACAAUAAUAAUGCAAGAGGAGCCAAAACACCAGGAAGCGCCAUGAAGGCUGUUGUUGCCCAACGACCAGCAAUGAUUGGAAGUGCAGAAGCCGCUCAAGCUGCCCAGAUCGCACAGAUGAAGGAAGACCUGUACAGCGACUUGACGGGUCUGAUUAUUCGAAGUGUCAAGAGGACAGACGAAGGCGAUACUUAUGACUGUAUCCAGACUGGUCGGAAUGGCACACUCCAUUUCAAGCUGUACGUCGAUCAAGAGGAUGCCAGGACCGCCAGCUUUGAAGAGACGGAAUUCCUGUACACGCCUCUCCUGGAUGCCAAUCGUGAUCGCGACAUGAUCGAGUUGAUGCCGACUUAUCUGACUGAGGACAUCACGUUUGCGAGACAAAAUGCCGCGAAAUUCUAUGGUCGGGUCGUGGAUACCUUGACCAAACGGCGAGCCGAGGAAUGA